AUGGGGGCCGACAAAGACGAGUCGGAAGAGGGAGAGUCGGAAGAGGGAGAGUCGGAAGAGGGAGAGUCGGAAGAGGGAGAGUCGGAAGAGGGAGAGUCGGAAGAGGGAGAGUCGGAAGAGGGAGAGUCGGAAGAGGGAGAGUCGGAAGAGGGAGAGUCGGAAGAGGGAGAGCCCGCGGAAGGCCAACGCGCGAGCGAUCCCACCCCGCCCCCAGCUGCCGCGUCCCCACGUUUCCCGAAGCGGGUAUCUGCACUCGUGGUGUCCGCGCCUGCACCAACGGCCCGCAAGCGCCCGCGGGCUGACGGAACAGGGGACGUGCGCGGGAUCGAAGGCGCUGGCGCGGAAAUUCCACUGUUUACUAAUCCUCCUCCUCCUCCUCUGGGGCCCCAGGGCAGCGAGAAGAGUGGGCUGUGCACGGGGACCGACAAAGACCUCCCGGCUACGUGUGAAUGGAGUGACGACGAUGCAGAUUUUCCACUGUUCAUUAGUCCUCCUCCUCCUCCUCAUCCUCUUGGGCCCCAGGGCAGCGAGAAGAGUGGGCUGUGCACGGGGAUCGACAAAGACAUGUCGAAAGAGGGAGAGGAGGAAGAGGGAGAGGAGGAAGAGGGAGAGCCCGCGGGAGGCCAACGCGCGAACGAUCCCACCCCGCCCAAGGCUGCCGCGUCCCCACGCUUCCCGAAGCGGGCCUCUGCACGCGUGGUGUCCGCGCUCGCACCAACGGCCCGCAAGCGCCCACGGGUUGACGGGACAGGGGACGUGCCAAGUAGAACGCAGGGGAUCGAAGGCCCCGGCACGGAAACAGGGGUUGCUAAGAAGAACGCACGGCGCGCUCCUCGAAGGGUGACGUUUGCGGAAAUCACGCAGGUGUGCUGGAUCGAAGGCCGCGGCGCGGAAACAGGGGUCGACGGAGGUGGCGGAGCAGCAAGCGGGGCAGCAAGCGGGGCAGCAAGCGGAGCAGCGAAGAAGGGUGCCAGGGCCGACGAGGUGGGAACGGCGGGUGGCGGCCAACGCGCGAACAACGCUGGGACGGCACACGCGGGUGGAGCAGAGAAACGUGCCGUGCAUGGUGCCAAGGACGCGGGGAAGGUGGAGAGAUGGAGGCUGGCCGGCAUCCGGCAGUUGGAGAGCGGGGCGUGGGUUGCCGAAGCAACCAUCGGUGGGCAGAAAUGGUACCUGGGGUCGCACAUGAACCGUGCGAACGUUCUCUACCUCCUGUGCAUGGCGCGGACGGUUUUUGGCGAGCAGGCUGACUUGGGUUUGGAGCUUCCCCCGAGAACCAAGGCCACGUGGGCAGCAGAGUGGAAACAAGCGCGCCACAUCCCUCCUGGCCUGUGGGCCGUCAUGCAUGCCCACAAGCUCAUGCGCACUGUGCACGGGUACCGCAUGGUUCUGAAGGGUUUCGAUGCUUCGGCGGGCGAGGAGGAGAGCAGGGUGUCGGCCCUCUGCGCGGCCAUUGGGACCGCCGUCGUCGAGAAGCGUGGCGCCGCCACCUGGCUUUACGCUACAGCGCUGGCGGCGUCAUGCGCGGCGGUGUGGGGCAUCUGGCGUGGAGACAGCACCGCCUCAGCUGUGGAGCGCGCUGUUGCCGUGGCCAGAGCUGUGGGUGCAGCGACGCCGCGAUUGCGGCUCUGCAGGCUCGCGAUCGGCGCGGUCUUGGCCUCUUUGAGUAACGAAUCCGGGGAAUGCAGAGAAACGGCCAGUUCGGACCCGGACGGGCACGUUGCGCGGGUGAUGGAGCAAGCGUUGGGCGGCGCAGGCCUGGCGAGGAAUGAGCCUGCCAAGGUGGUGGUUAAAAAGAUGGUUGACACGCUGUGCCUGUGGUCGGCUUGCGCUGCCGCUGCAGAUCCUCUGGUGAGGCGUGGCUUUCACAUGCCCCUGACUGCCGCGAUGAAACACAAGCUCGAAGCGCGCGGAUGA